CACAGAUGUUGUUGGGCUUUUUUUCUCUCUUCAGAUGAAGAUGCAGCAAUAAUCAUGUCGCCAGUUACCAUGUGAACUCUUGGAACACCUCCAAAUGUUUCACAGUUGCGCUGCUGGAAAACUUCACUUUCAGAUUUGAUCCCAAAUGCAUGUUUUUUUUCCUGUCUUCCUCCCAUCACUGCCGACCGGUCACAGCAGUGGCUGCACCUCCCUGAGCCAGGUUCUGUCGGAGGCUUCUUUCUGUUAAAAAGAAGUUUUUCCUUAAGACUGUCACCAAGAGAUUCAUCAAAAAACAAGCAUCACGGCUAAAUACAUAAUCAAGAAUGGGGAACGAAGUACCAAAGGAAAGUAACAUGGGCAACAGCCUUAGAUGCUGCAAAUGUGGUACAGUCCUGGCUCCAUGCAAAUCAUUUGCUGACUUACAGCAAAUUACUACCAUUAAUGGACGAUGUGUACAUAGGUUUAAUGGAGGUCAAUACUACAGACCAGUUGGUUACAAUGACGCAUAUGAGUGUGAUUAUUGCUUUAAUAAGCCAAUCAGAGACCAAGAGGAAAUGAGAAGAAGAGAAGAGGAGAGGCAAAGGAGAGAGGAGGAGAGGAGAAGAGAAGAGGAGAGGAAGAAAGAAAAACUGAAUCAAAGACUACAAGAAUCUAAACAGCGAGCUACAGAGCAGCUUGAGAAACAACUGAGUGGCCCGAUCUCAGAUGAAUUUGAGUCCAAACGAGAUGUUCUAAUAGGGCAUCUGGAUGAGUUUGAAGCUAACUAUGAAUCAGGCAGUGACAGUGAUGAGUUUCUUGAAAUCCUCUCAGUGAAAUGCAGUCUUCCACUUUCAAAUCUCAGUCUGACUCAGCUCACAGGUGAUCAGCUCAGUGAGAUCCUUUCAGUCCUGGACAAACUUCUGUUUGAUGAGUGGAUUCGUGCUCCUCCAUCCAUCAGCACUCUGCAGCACACUCAGGUGUUCAUCACAGAGCUCUGUGCUCUGUCUCUGGAGAUAUCUGAAGACGUUUCCUUACACACCGUCUCCAAUCAUAUGCAGUCCCUAGUGGAAUCCAUCAGCCAAUCAGCAUGCAGUGUUUUUGAGAUUUUCCUCUUGACUCAAGCCCUGUAUCUGAACCUGAUGCACCUUUUCAAUGACAGCGGAAGAUCUGAUAGGGAUGCCGGCUUCGUAGCCAAACAAUGGGCAAAAUAUGAGAUUUCCACUGAGAACCUCUUUAUAAUUGAAUUCCUGAGCACCCUUACAUCAUCACUGCAGAGUGCAGUUGGAAGAGCCUCUGUGUUCACUUUAAAGAUGGAAAUCCAGUGUUUAAAGCUUCUCUUAUCCACACUCACAGAUCUAAAUGGAAAAGAAGCCCACUCAAAGUCCACUGAAAUGCUCCUCAAACUUGUGCAAAUGAACCAAUGGACUACAAUGGAGGCAGUCACUCUGCUUAAAGCACUAUCACAGAAAUAUGCAGAUGAUGAUUCUAUAACUCAAAUCCUUACCUUGGUACAAGUGUAUGACAUACCACCAGAUUGGAUAGAUGACUGUGGGCACUCUCUAAUCCAGCUCCUUGAAUCUGCUGCUCCUGAGAGAUUUUGUCAGGAUUUCCAAAAGACUCUAAGAGGAAACGAUGAGAACAGUGUAACUGCAGUUCUAGCAGAAGUAAAGAUGCUGUGGAAUUUGGAUGACUCUGUCAUUGAUAUGAUAAAAAACAUUAACACUGGUGUCCUGAAAUAUACAGAAAAUGUACCAAAAGAAGAACCUUUUAUAAAAGAUUCAGUUAAAUGUGAAUCUUUGAAUGCAGACAACAUACAGAAGUGUCUGUGUCAGCUCUGCAAAGCAGUGUUCAACAUAAAAGGCUGGUGGCCCACGGUGAGGCAGGUGGUGCGGUGGUGUGGACUGGUGCUGACUCAGCAGAGUGGAGUGGUACAACUGGUUGGUGUGGAAGAAGACCCAUGUGUUACAGCCAUGUUUGCAGCCAUGCAAGUCUGCAUGGGAAACAAACUAGACAUUGUGCUGAGCUCUGAUGUUCACUCAGAGGAGCAAACAAAGGAGUGGUCUGACUUCUACAAGCACCUUGACAUUUCACUUAACACAAACAUGAAGAAGACUGACCCAUCAUUCCGGGAUGUCUAUGAAGCAGACAUUGUUUAUGGUACAAUGGAUGAUUUUGUGUCAGAUUAUGUUCAACGUGGCAUAGAGGCAAUGGAAACAGGAAACCCACAGUUAAAUCGUGGAUUCAUUAUUGAAAAACAAAGUCUCAGUGCUCUGCAUGCUCUGGAACUUUCAAGACUCAAAGACAAUGACUCCUUGGUGUUUGCUGCAGAGGUCCUGCAGAACCUCAUGACUAAAAUUUGCAGUGAAGAUGUGGAACUGAGACAUAUGUUUAUCAAGAUCCUUUUUCAGGUCCUCCACAGUACCCUAAACAAAAAUACAACCACUGACAGUAAAAUCAUUACAAUCACAAAGAAAAUCAGUAAAAAGGAAUUUCUUUCUAAUGAGGUCUUCAUUCUGAACUUUCUUGAGAAUCUCCUGAAAAGUUUUACAAAACAAACAGAAGCUGUUAAAAACAUGACAGAUCCUGCAGGGAAAUGGUGUUUUGAGAAUUUAUUUGCCUGUGUGGAACAAUUCCAAGACUUAGACAAAGAAACCAAAGAAGUCUUCAAGAUGGUUUCAAAUCUUGGGGAACAAACACUUUGGUCACCAGUAGAGGUCUUAAACCUUCUUGAAGCAUUAACUGAUAACCACAAUGACGACGACUGUAUUCCCAUCAUGAAGAUUUUGCAUUUGAUGGAAACAUGUCGGGUUUCUUCCAAGUGGAAAGAUGAAAACAACAACUCUCUCCUUGAGCUCAUAGAUUCAUGCACAACUCAGAAUCUGAUCCAGCAUCUAGAAAAGAGCCUUAAAGAUGAGAAAACUGAAAGCACUGACAACCUUUUUGAUGAAAUACGGCAGAUGAAAGAAAUUGACAAACAAACACUGAGUAAAUCAUACAACAUAGUAACUCAUGUAACAAACUUAAUCAAAACUGGUGAAAUUAAAAAACUGGCAGAUAUUCAGCGCGCUAGGACUCUCAGUCACAGCAUGGAGACAGAGGACCUUCAGGAGAUCCUUGCAAUCUUAUGCAAUGCUGUACACCUCCACAAAGCAGAAAGGAAGUGGUUUCCCAGAACCACUCAGAUGAUAAGCUGGUGCCUGUUGGCCCUGUCUGACACUGGGAAGCUCCUGGAGAUGGGAACUGGAGAAGGAAAGUCUUGUGUCAUAGCGAUGCUUGCAGUGCUGCGUGUGCUUAGAGGUGAAAAGGUGGAUGUGGUGUCCAGCUCUUCUGUGUUAUGUCAAAGAGAUGCUAAAGAAUGGGCCAAAUUUUACAAAUACUUUGGCAUUACAGUCGACAUAAACACAAAUAAAAAUGAGGAUAAAGAUCGGAAAGAAUGCUAUCAGAAGGACGUGGUCUAUGGAACCAUUGAAGCCUUUGCUGCUGAUCACCUUCGCCAAAUAUUUGAGAUGAAGGAUGUGAGGCCUGAUCGUAACUUUCAGUGCAUCAUUAUCGAUGAAGUGGACUCACUGCUGCUGGAUCAGGGAGUGCAGCUGACAUACCUGUCCAGCCCCAUGGUGUCCAUGCAGCACCUGAACAUUAUUCUCACUAUGAUCUGGAGCCACGUCAGUCAGUAUGGCUUCCUAUCUACAGGACACCAGACAUUUGUACGAGGUCCUCCUGCUUCAUUCUUCAAGGCCAUCUAUGACUCAAUGAACACAGAAGGCAGUGAAAUUAGUGAUCCAAUGGACAUUUUAACUAUUGCUGAAGAAUCUAACAUUGUGCCAAAAGGAUUUUCAGAAGAUAUCUACAAGAGUGAAAACCAUGAACUUCUCAGUAAACUGAAAACAGUGAGUCAGGAUUCUAUGGUAGACUUUUUCAAAGAAAUUGAGGACUAUGUCCCUUACGGCUUUACUGUUUACACGCUAGAUGACAAAGGACUGCUCUGUCUUCGAAAGUGCAGUCCAUACAAUGACCUGGACAUCCCAGAGCUUUCAUUUCUUGUGCUGGAGGAAGGAUUGUGUUGUCCUCUCUAUGAGUCAGAAGAAGUUCUCAUCAAGCCCAUUGCAGAAUUGAUCUCUGAGAGGAUUCAGUACACCCCAUGUGAAAACAAUACAGAAAAAAUCAGCAUUCCUGGUUUCUUGAAGAAUCUGGUGGAGAAGAAAGUCUCAGUGUGGGUUCAGAAUGCCUUUCUGGCAAUGUUACUGAAAGAAGGACGUGAAUAUGUCGUAGAAAAUGACAACGUCUGUCCAGUGGACUUCAGAUCCACUGGUAUUGUUGAACUGAAUAAGAAAUGGGGUGAUGGUCUGCAGCAGUUUGUGGAGAUUAAACACCAAGUCAAACUGAGCACAAUUUCAACAGUGACAAAUUAUAUUUCCAACGUUUCGUUUUUUGAGAAAUACCAGGGAAAAAUAUAUGGAACAACAGGAACACUGGGGAGCAAAGCAGACAUUCAGUUUUUGCAGGACCUGUAUCCAAAUCUCUCUGUGUGCAAAAUACCAACAUUCAACAGGAAAAAGUUAUUUGAGGUCAAAGGUACUCUGAAAAAAACAGCUGAAGAAUGGAAAUCUGAAAUAAAAGAUGUGGUCACAGCUCAGAUUUCCCCAAAUUCAUACAGAGAUGGAAGAGCAGCGUUGGUGAUCUGUGAAACUAUAAACAAAGCAAAAGAGAUCUACGAAGAGUUGAAGAGCAGCAUCCCAGGUGAAAUCAUUCUCUACUGCCACAGUGACAGAGACAGUUUGAGUAAAAUAGACAAGGAGCUGCUUCCUGGUGAUGUCAUUGUUGCCACAAACCUUGCCGGCCGUGGCACAGACAUUAAAGUGUCCCCAGAGGUGAACAAUAAUGGAGGGUUAUUUGUGAUCCUCUCUUUCCUCUCUGAGAACACAAGAGUGGAACUCCAGGCUUUUGGACGAACUGCACGCAAAGGUAAACCUGGAUCUGCUCAGAUAAUCAUUUCCACUGAACACCUGCAGCCAUCUUUCAGCACAGUGUCCUCUCUGGAGGAAGCCAAGAGCACAAGAGACCGACUUGCAGCAGAAAAGAUAAAUCAUAUAAUGAACGAUGUUGCUGAGAUGAAACUGCGGGAGGACCUUUUUUCAGAAUACUGUGAAACACUUCAAGAUAUUUAUAACACCACUGAUGGAGACGAGGAAAAAGCUGUUGUUGCCAUCAUGAAUGAGUUCUGGGGGAUUUGGCUGCAAACUAAAUCAGAAGAAAUUGAUCAGUUGAAAAGAAAUGAACUGCAAGAGAGUCUGAAAGCUGAUUUGUCAAAGGCAAAAAGUCAGUGUCAAUGUCAGACUUCACCAAGUUCCAGCAUUUAUCACUACAUCAAGUUUGGAAAUGUUGCACUGGGUGAUGGAAAGUGGGAUACCGCAGCCAGACUGUUUGAAAAAGCCAUGACAGAGGAUAAAAGCUGGGCAGCUGUAGCAUUUUACAAUCAUGCAUACUGCACUAUACAACAAAAGAAAGCAGAUUACCUCACUAAGGCCAUAGAUGAGCUAAAGGAAGCACAGAAGUCUGUGAAGUAUCUCAUUGAAGAACAAAUAGUUUGCCUUCAGUUUGCAAAAAUGUCCUCUGCAGACUCAACCGACAGUAAUGCAACCAGCCUGGAAAAACAGUUAUCAACCAGGUCCACAAUGUAUAGUUACUUUGACAACAACAUUACUGAGGCCAUCCAAAAGUUGGAUGAAAUAAAAAAGAAAGAAAGCAAUGCAGCAGCCGAAGAAACAACGAUUCGUGAACUGGUGUCAGAUGCUGAUGAAGAUCUCCAGAUAGAAGCUCACAAUCUCUGCAGUCGAGGUCUGAACUUUGUAUUUUCUGUGAAAGAAAAGCCUCGUUUCUCAUGGGAAGGUCUGCUGGUGUUCUUUCUUGGAGUUUUACAGAUUGUUGGAGGAGCACUGCUCACUGUAUUUACAGUUGGUACAUUUGCUCAAGUUGGAAUGGGACUCAUUACUGAGGGAAUAUCAGACUGCAUCACUGGCAUUGACGCCAUGGUGACAGGAGAAUUCAGCUGGAAGUCAUGGGCUAUAGAAAAAGCCAUUUCUAUUGGAGUCUCUCUCAUUGGGUUUGGAGUUGGAAAGCUGAUUUCAAAGGCCUUCAAAUGCUGUAAAUCCUUACUUAAAUUUGGCAAACAGCUUAAGUCAAUGCCAAAAUUUCUCUCUAUACAAGCUAAAGAUGGCCUCAGUGUUGCUUUGAAGGCAAAUAUGAAUAAUGCAGUAAAAUACACAGCUAAAAAAUUUGCAGAAGAACUAAUCGCCUAUGGACUGGGAAAGGCAGAAGAGGAAAUCAUUAAAACAAUGUUAGAAGAAAUCAAAAGCAAGGUGAAAGACAGAACUGAUCACGAAGUGAAAUUAAAAAUGGAAAAAGAGCCUUCAUCUUCAUUAGUAGACCUCAUUAUUCUUUCACACCUUGAGGACAAAAAGCAACUUCACGACCUUCUGAAUGACGAGAGAAGAAAGGAAGAGCUGCUGGCCGUUUUCAGAGAGUUAAGCAGAAUUGCAAUAGAGCCAUUCUAUGCAGACCUCAGCUGGCAAAACAAACUGAAUUUAUCCCUCUCCGAAGUGAUUAAAAAAGCUAAAUCAGAUAGCAAAGGAAAAAUAAAAGCAAUUCUGACAGUUAUACAAGGUGUCCACAUUGGCACACUGACAACAGAAGCCAUCAGUGAAGUAGCCACCCUGUCAGACAAGUUCUUUUCAAACUUUCAUAAACAGCUGAAAAUAUUCAAAGAAACCCAAAAUUAUUCAGAGAAUAUAAAAGUAAGUGAUCUGUCUGCAGAAGACAUUAAACUGCUGAAGGAUUUCAAGCAGGAUUUAGGCAGCACCAUCAGUACUUUAUUGGCUGAUGCUUUGGUAGAAGUUUUCCACCAGAAGGUCUCCAGUCACAUUGUUUCUAUUGUUAAAGACCAAGCAAAUGGUUUUAUUGGUAAAUAUGUGAGAAAGGGCUUAAAGACUGACAGAACAGAGGAAAAGCUCAGAGCUGGACAGGACAACAGAUGCAUUGCAUACAUGCCAAAAAAACCAAAUUCUAACCUAAAAGUUGAAGGCGAGGCAGAUCAACACUCACAAUCACAUGCUAAAAAGAUCAAGAAUUCCACGACUGCAGGCACCAUCCUUGAUAUCAGAGUCCUGUCAGAAGCCGCUGGCACUAAAGUUGUCAUCCUAACAGAGGACAGCAAUGGAAGACUUACCAAAAUGCAGGAGCUGAGCCCAGACACUAGACCUGCCAAUCAAACUGUGACCCUGAUCUACAGACCAAAGAGUGACCAAUACCCCGAUGGCCAUUAUGAUGUGCAUAUCAACAACCAGACAGUGAGCAUAGACAACAAAGGCAAGAGCUGUCUGUUUUAUGCUUUGGCACGUGGAAUGAAACCACAAGCCAGUGAAGAAGAGAUCACUUUGGAAGCAAAUCGUCUUCGAUCUGUGGAGGCCGAUGCUCUUCUCAGACACCCAGGCCAAUGGGAGCCUUUCAUCAAGCGGAAAGAAUUAACUGAAACAAUCAAGGGAGGGGACUGGUACAUGUUAGGAGCAGCAUUAAAAGAGAUGAUAAAUGAAAGCAAAGAGGCACUUCAAAGAGAAGUUGGAAAGGUAGGCUCCUAUAAAGAGUUGCGAAAAAAUACAACUAAAAAUCCAGGAAUUGGGCAAUUCAUUAACGCAGCUCACCAGCCACCAGUCAGUAGCAUAUUGAAGGCCAAAAAAUUGAACCAGAAGAGCAGAUUAGUAGAGGCCAUGCUUGACGUGGCAACAAACUCAUCUCCACUAAAUCCAAAUCAAAUUUCUAAAGUGGUAGGUUCUCAUGGCCAUAAACUCCUGACUGCUUAUGUGCCUAAAGAAUUACAUGAAGAAUUUGGCAUCACGAAAGCGCCACCCUUCAAAGACCUCUUAGCUUCAGCAAUAAGUAAAGACAAUGUUGUGGGUACCUUUAAGCUGAUGAUCCUUGACUGGAUAUCACGAUACAGUCUGGAUAGUACCAAGAAUUUUCAGAACACCCCAAUAAGUAAAACCAGGCUUGAAUCUUUUGAAAACAGUUUUCAGAAACACAGCACAGAGAUGGUAGAGACAUGGUUUCCUCUACUUCAAAGUAAGGGUGUUAUGACAAAUGCCCAUCUAACUACUAUCACUGACUGGAUCAACAAACAGGGCUACAAUGAAAAGUGCUUUGCCAACUGGGAAUGUGACUGGUGAACAAGUACAAGGAUCUUUCCCCCGCCUGAUCACCAUCAAAGACCUCACUGUAUUUUGAAGAUUGUGUUCCUUCCUAUUUUAGUUACUCAGAAAAAAAAUCAGUCUGUUGUCACCCUUAAAUGCGAAAGAUAAGAAAAAGCCAAUACUCAGCAUUACUGAAUUAAGUUUAAUGUUUACUGUAGUUUUCUCACCACUUUGGGCACUGGGAGUUUGCCCCAAAAGUGUAACUCUUAACUUUCCUUUUCUAAAAAUUCUGCUAAUAAUCUCAUGAUUCUAUUGAUGGGAGUGGCAAACCACUGGCAAACAGAUUAUUUUAUAUUAUUAAAUGUAUUUGGUUUGGAUUCAAAGAUAAUUUUAAAUGAAAAGUCAAAUCUUUUUAUGUUUUUAAAAAAAAAUCUAUACCGCCAUGCUUUUCUUUUUUCAAAGUUCUUCAAUACUUGUGUCUAUUUCAAAUUUAGGGCCAGUUUGCCAUAUAUUCAUUACUUAUAAUUCUACACAUUAGCUAUUUUUGAUUUUACAAAUAAUAUAUGCACUUUUACUGUGGGAUAGAGAGUAUAAGUAUGAUGUGUGGUGUUCAAAACUUUAAUAUAAUAAUAAAGCACCACAUUAGAUUUGGGGGUUUUGUUUUGUUUUGUUUUAAUUCAUACCAAUUUUGACACAAUUAAAAAUAAGCAAAAUUCAAACAGCAAGUGGUAAAUUGCUACUCAAACUGGCAAAGGAUGGAAGCCUAGCCUGUUUACAUGUGCUUCUAUUAUUAAUUUUAACAUUAUUUUAUAUGGAUAUCUUGUGUGGAGGUCUGCUUAAUCAAUUUGAUUGCUUGUAAAAUAUAAUCAAACAAAUAUAUCAGUAAAUGGUGCAAGCUGCUAACAUUUGUCAGCUUUCAAUUUAAAUAUAUUUUAUUAAUCAAGAGAAUUAAACUCAUUGCAGAAGAAAAUAAUGCUGCAAAAUAAAGUGAACUAAUAAAGGGAAAUUAUGUGAUGUAGAAAAAUCAAGUAAUAACAGAAAACUAUGUAAUAUUCUCCAUCUGCAUUAGUCCUUAAAAUGUUUAAAAUUUUGUUAAAAACAAGAAUUUAAAUUAAUUGCAUUACUUAAAGUGCUAUAGCUACGGAUGUUAAAAACUACUGAUUAAAUAUUAGCAAACUAUACACUGUUAUUUUGAUGAUGUUCUGGAAUGUAUGUAACCUUAGAUCUAUCAUAAAUAAAAUGAGCUUAAAUCAG